CAGUCUACACCCAGGGAACGAAGAGCAAGCGCCAUGUUGAAGCCACCAUUGCCACUCAGAUCCCUCUUAUUCCUGCAGCUGCCUCUGCUGGGGGUGGGGCUGACCCCGAAGGUCCCCACGCCCAGUGGGAAUGAAGACAUCACAACUGAUUUCUUCCUGACUUCUACACCCCCUAGGGCCCCCAGUGUUUCCACCCUGCCCCUCCCAAAGGUUCAGUGUUUUGUGUUCAAUGUUGAGUACAUGAAUUGCACUUGGAACAGCAGCUCUGAGCCCCAGCCCACCAACCUGACUCUGCACUAUUGGUACAAAAACUCUGACGAUGGUAAAGUCCAAGAGUGUGGCCACUAUCUAUUCUCUGAAGAGGUCACUUCUGGCUGUUGGUUGGGAAAAGAGGAGAUCCAUCUCUACGAAACAUUUGUUGUCCAGCUCCAGGACCCAAGGGAACCCAGGAGGCAAGCCACACAGAUGCUAAAACUGCAGGAUCUGGUGAUCCCCUGGGCUCCAGAGAAUCUAACACUUCACAACCUGAGUGAAUCCCAGUUAGAACUGAGAUGGAGCAGCAGAUACUCGGACCAUUGUUUGGAGCACCUGGUGCAGUACCGGAGUGACCGGGACCGCAGCUGGACUGAACAAUCAGUGGGCCACAGACCUAGCUUCUCUCUGCCUAGCGUGGAUGCACAGAAACUCUACACGUUCCGUGUUCGGAGCCGCUAUAACCCACUCUGUGGAAGUGCUCAGCAUUGGAGUGAAUGGAGCCACCCGGUCCACUGGGGCAGCAGUACUUCAAAGGAGAGUCCUUCAUUGUUUGCGUUGGAAGCUGUGCUUAUCCCCGUCGGGUCCAUGGGAUUGAUUAUUGGCCUCAUCUGUGUGUACUGCUUGCUUGAGCGGAUGAUGCCCCGAAUUCCUACCCUCAAGAACCUAGAGGAUCUGGUUACUGAAUACCAUGGGAACUUUUCGGCCUGGAGUGGUGUGUCUAAGGGAUUGGCGGAAAGUCUGCGGCCAGACUACAGUGAACGGCUCUGCCACGUCAGUGAAAUUCCCCCAAAAGGAGGGGCUCUAGGGGAGGGGUCUGGGGGCUCCCCCUGCAGCCAGCAUAGCCCCUACUGGGCUCCCCCAUGUUACACCCUGAAACUUGAAACCUGAGCCCUUAUACCCUGACAGAACCCCAGGGUCCUGUAGCCCUAAAUUGUACUAACAUCCCUUAGUCUAACCAGGCUGGGUCCGAUCCUUACCUCACUCCCCUGAUUUUGAAUUUUGUGCCCACUAUAACAGCUCCCUUAUUCAAUAUCUCCUACUUGAGGAUUUUGCCCUGGUACAUGUUUCAUCUCCUCCAAUCCAGCCCUCCCUCUUUGCUGGAUUCUUUCCCCGCUGUCCCGCCGUCCCUCCGUCCCUCCGUCCCUCCCUCCCUCUUUCCGUCUACCCUUCAAUUGUUCCUGAAUCAAUGAGAAAUAAAGUUUCUGCUGAUGAU